AUGGCCGUCAUCAAUGGCACGGGCAGCCCUGCCCAGGCGCAUGACCCUAACCUCCACGACACGGUCCUAGUCGACCAGCUCCCCUCCGACAUGUGGACGGAGGGUAUGGUGGUACGCCCCAAUGGCAACGUCCUCACCACACGCCUAGAAGAACCCGAUCUGUUCUCCAUCGACAUAGCCACGGCUGCGCACCCCGAGAAUGAGUACGACUCGGUGACACCGCGCUUAUUAAAGCGCUUCCCCGACGCCAACGGGUGUUUCAACCUCUGCGCUCUCGAGGGCACCAAGCGCGAGGAGUACGCGGUGAUCACAGGCUUCGCCGACCUUGCGCGGGGCCAGUUCCACUCCUGGGCGGUUUGGCGCAUGGCCUUGCAGCCGGACGAGGGCGACGACAAGGCAGAGUACACGAAGAUCAUGGACAUCCCCGACGCUAGGUUCCUCAUGGGCAUCGUGCCCGUGUCAGAUAGCAUUCUCGCCAUUGUCGACUCGAUCCUCGGGCGCAUAUGGCGCGUCGACUUGGCAGGUUCCAAAUGCUCGGUGCUCUUUGAGGACCCGUCACUGGCCGCGCCUAGCGAGGCCAGCGUCUUUGGCAUUAACAAGUUACGGUUUAGCGAGCGAUUCGGCUGGUUCACCAACACCGGCACCGGCAAGCUCUAUCGCUUCCCCAUCGAACGCACGGACGACGGCAAGGAUAUCAAGCCUGCAGGCGACGUGGUGGAAUUGGCAGCGGAUCUCGAGAACGCGGACGGCCUCGUGAUCACGCCCGAUGGUAGCUCCGCAUACAUAUGCAGCUACACUGCGGGUCAUCUCUGGCGAAUCGACACGGACGGGGAAGCGGGCUCCGGCAGCAGCACGGUCCACCUCCUCCGCGACGAUCUGGUGUCGCCAACGGCGAUGGACUUGGUGUACAAGAAGAACGACAAGCCGACCCUGUACAUUAUGUGCUGUGGCCGUUUGAAUUCGGAGGUGUUGGAGGGUGAGAGGGGCCACUGGCUCGGCCUGGCCAAUCUCGACAAGGACCAGCUACAGAUCACGGUGACGGUGACCACCGAGGUCACAUACGAGUACAUUUGA